AUGGCGGCGGCUAGGACGGAGUAUCCGGGCUGUGCAGCGGGGGCCCGAGCACCAUCGUCGGUGGAGCGGCGGCCCUGCAUGGACGGCGGUGGUGGCAGUACCCCAUCCGGCGAGGUGGGCUGUCCUGCUCAUGAUGGUGACGACGACUACUGCGGAUCCAACGCUCCGUUUGGAUCCGUUGCGGGGAGGCCUUUUGCCGACCGGCGGCGUGUGGAGGGACCGGGUGUUCGGAUGGCGUCGCCGCUGCGUAACGGGGAUCAGGCGGCGGCGGGGGGACGGAGGAAGGAGUCGAGGCGGCUGGGGACGCUCCUCCUGGUGCUGCGGGUGGCGGCGCUGUGCUUUAGCCUCGCGGCGGCGGUGUUCGCGGCGACGGACGGCGCCGUGCUGCGGCUGGCGCCGUUCAGGUUCCUGCUGGCGGCGAACGCGAUCGUGGCGGUAUACUCGGUGUUCGAGGUCGCCGCGGCGGCGUGGGAGGUGGCCAAGGGCGCCACGCUGCUCCCGGAGGCCUUGCAGCUCUGGUUCGACUUCGGCCACGACCAGGGUUUCGGGUACAUGGCGCUGGCAGCGGCGGCGGCGGCGGCGCGGGAAGCGGCGUUGUGCGGCGGAGGCCAGGAGCGGAAUAUCAGCAGCACGGCGUGCCUGCAGGGCGACAUCGCCGUGGGGCUCGGGUUCGCGGCGUUCGCUUUCCUGGCGCUGGCGGCGCUCGCGACGGGGUUCCGGCUCGUCCGCUUCCUCGCCACCGGUUCCCGGCUCCCGGCGGGGGCCUCCUCCCCGUAUUGA